AUGCCGCCUACUCUCAAACGCCUGGCUACAGAGGACGGAAGCGUCUCGCCCCCACCCCUAAAGCGCACAGCACCCACAGCCAGUACAACCACGAGCUCGGCAGUUGCCAACUUCUUCAAGCCAGCUUCCCAGAAGGACCCCGAAAAGGUUGCAUGGAAGAUCAUCGACAAUACACUGCUGUACUGCAAGUACGACAAGACCGAUAGCUUUGCUGCAGAUAGACCACGCAAGAUUGCAGCCUUUGACUUCGACUCCACUCUGGUCGAUGCUAAGUCAGGCAAACGCUUUGCCACAGACGGCGAUGACUGGAAGUGGUGGCACAGACAAGUGCCUUCAAAACUAAGGCAACUUGCCGAGGAUGGAUAUCUACUAGCAAUCCUCAGCAACCAAGCUGGGAUCAGCAUGAACAGCGCUUCCAAGACGGUCAACUCAGACAGGAAACGGCUUGCCGACUUCAAACAGAAGGUCAAGAGUGCCCUUACACAACUCGACCUGCCUAUCGUGCUCUAUGCAGCUACCGACAAAGACAAGUUCCGUAAACCUCGCACGGGAAUGUGGGACAAGCUACUGGAAGCACAAGGGCUGUCCCAAGAUGGCGACGUCGACCUCGAGGCCUGUUACUUCGUUGGCGAUGCAGGAGGGCGAACAUCAACCUCCAAAGCCAUCAAGGCAGAUUUCUCUUGCUCAGACAGGAACCUGGCCAGCAACGUCGGCAUCAAAUUUCAGACUCCAGAAGAGUUCUUCCUUGGCGAAGAUGCUCGACCAUUCGUGCGCACCUUCGAUCCAACCGCGCACAUCUCACCAGUCAUGACGAGCAAAACACAUGCGAGUCCCACAGUCUUUACCAGAGAGAACAAUCUUGAACUCAUUAUAUUCUGUGGAAGUCCCGGCGCAGGAAAAUCGACGUGGUUUCAACAGCAUCUCAAGCCGCUCGGUUACGAACGUGUUAACCAGGACAUACUCAAGUCUAGAGAAAGGUGCCUGAAGGUGGCUAGGGAAUUGCUUGAAGACGGAAAAUCGGUGGCAGUUGACAAUACCAAUGCAGACGUCAAAGCUCGCGAGUACUGGACUCAGCUCGCAAAUUCGCUCGAGAUUCCAGUUCGAUGCGUGCAUUUCACAGCCCCUUCGACACUGUGCGAACACAACGAUGCCUUUCGAUCGAUUGGUGGGCAACAACUAGAGAUGAACCCAGAAUCGAGGGUCAUGCUGCCGAGACAGGCGUUCACUGGGUUCGCUGCCAGAUACAGCCCCCCGACCCUGGAUGAGGGGUUUGUCGAUAUUACCAAGGUUGAUUUUGAGUUUUCCGGGACCGAGGAGCAGAAGACUGCUUGGUCGAAGUUCUGGGUUUGA